AAGAGGCGAGCGGAGGCGAAGGCUCGCGGCGCUUCUCCCGUGCAGGGCGGGCGGCCCCGGCAGGCAAGUGGCAGCGGGACGCGGCUCCCGCCGCCGCCGCAGCCCCUUCCCGCGGGCAGCGCCGCCGCCCUCGCUCACCGCCGCAUGCCGCGCCCCCCGCCGCCGCCCGGCUCCCCCCGGGCCCGCCGCGCUCCGCCACCGGGGCCCCCGCCCGGCCCGACCGCGACCUCGGCGGCCGGCGGCGAGACCCCGGGGGCGGCCGGCUGGGGGAGAGCAGGGGGCGAGAGGCGGCUCCGCUCCGCUCCGCUCCGCCCGGCGGGAGCCCCGCACCGGCCGGACACGGAGCUUCCCGGGGCGGAGGCGCUGCCGCUCGCCCGCCGGCGCGGAAAGUGGCUCGGCGGCGGCGGCGGGCGGAGGUUAUUUUGGGAGUGCCUUGGGAUUGAAGGCCGUUCAGACAGGGCUGAUGGCUCAUUUCUUUCUCUGUGGUGGAAAGGUCAGGCUGCUGCAGGUGCCCUUUCAGCUGGAAAGCUGCAGUGUUAAUUGAAAUACUGGAAGACAGAAUAUGGGCAAACCUUUUGUGAAGACUACUUGAUUCUCAAUCCCCUGGAAUGAGUCUCUAGCAAGUCUUUGUAGUUCAUUAGCUGCUGGGUUUUGGAAUUAUCAUCUGCCCCUCAGCCUAAUAGCAUUUGGAAUUAGAGCUGAAGAUCCCAGAUCCUGGAGCAUGGACUAACAUAAUUGAGAACCACUUGCCUCAUAUCACCCAUGAGUCUAUGUUUGCAGCAGAGGAAGGAUUUAAAACAGUGUCAUCAACAAGCAACAAGCCACUGGUUAACAGAGAGAACGAAAAAUAAAUUCCCUGAAAAUAAUGAAAUAUUUUCCAAACCUUUUAUUUGUGAAUCCAUAUUGCUUUAGAUAAAGAAUCAAGCUGACAAGUGGCCCAUUUUAAAUAAGAGAGAGAAAAAAGCCUGCAGAGGUGUAUUCACUCACUUUUAAGGGCAGAAACUCCCAGAAAAUCCAAGAGCUGCAAAAAUCAGAUCUGCCAAAAUCUCUGACUUUUGGAGUUAAGCUACGGUUACAGAAAUAGGUAAUUUAUUUCUAGUAUUUUUAUCACUAAUGUAUUCACAUCUCUGCUCUCAUAUGUGGAAUAUAUAUUAGAUUCAUAAAAAUGAAUUGAAAUUUACUAUUUCCUGGAUUAUCUUAUUCCAGUUAAACCCUUGAUUCAUAAGGCAAUUGCUGAAGAUAAAUAGAACUUCAUGAAUUGUUCAUAAACUGCACAAAUUCACAAGUUAGAGAUGAAAAAUGUAAGCCACACAACCCUUCAUCUGUAGGCCACAAAUUCCAGUCCAGGUUUGAGAUCAGCAGCGCCCAAGAUCCAUUUUCAUCUUAUCACCUGAAGGCUUUCUGGUAGCAUUUGUGAACUCAGUUUGUUCCCUCAGCUCCAUCUUUACAGAAUAAGUGGCCACAUAAAUAAUUCACUGGAACUUGUCAGAAACAAGAAGUUGUGAAAUGUAAAGUCCCCUCCAUCCAUCCAGCUGUAUAAGCAGCACACAGGAGCUAAUUUUCUAACCUUUCACUAAGCUUUGCAUGGAACUAGACACAGAGGAGUUCUUGCACAUUUUUAAUAAACUAAAGCUCCUCAAAUAUCAAUUCUUUCUAAUAAUAGGCUCCCUAGAAAUACCACUUUUGAGGUUUUUCUGUUCUUUAUUGCAGAAUUAUUAGGAAAACCUUCUCACAGGGACCUUUGGCUGUGCAACUCUUACAAAAAAA